AUCUGCAAACAGCAAACAGCAAACUCUUGUUUUUUUACGAUGCAAUGCAGGUUAUGCAGCUACAGAAUUUGUUGCGAAAUUCCAUCAAAAUUGGGUUUAUAAUUUCGUCUAGCUUUCUUCCUCGUUUUGCCUUGAAUAGUUCGUUAAAGUACAAUAGCGUUUGCCUCAACCCAAGUCAGCUAGGUAUCCUUUUGGUACGUCGCGCCAACAGCGACUGGUGUUCCUCCAAAGCCACAGCCAUGAGCAGUCCCAAAUAUUUGAGUCAGGAGGAGGCUGCAAAUGUGGAUAAGGAGCUGUUCGACGCAUACCAAUUCUCUGUCGAUCAGCUGAUGGAACUCGCUGGACUGAGUGCUGCUACUGCCAUUGCAAAAUCCUAUCCUCUUACGGAAUUUGUUAACAAAGACCGUGUUCGAGCAUUAGUGAUUGCCGGGCCUGGAAAUAAUGGCGGGGAUGGAUUAGUUUGCGCGCGACAUUUGAAAUUGUUCGGUUAUUAUCCCGAAAUUUUGUACCCCAAACCAACAGAUAAGGAUUUGUACAAGCGCCUCGUAACUCAAUGCAAACACAUGGAUAUACCAUUUCUGAAGGAAAUGCCAUCAAGUGAUAGUCUGCAAAGCUCAUACGAAGUGAUUGUCGAUGCCAUAUUUGGGUUCAGUUUCAAACCUCCUGUUCGGCCAGAGUUUCAGGAUAUUUUGGAGAUCAUGAAAUUAACUUCCGUGCCAAUCUGUAGUAUUGAUAUACCAUCUGGGUGGGAUGUUGAAAACGGUAAUCCUGAUGGUAUUCAGCCUGCCUGCCUUAUUUCUUUGACGAGCCCUAAAAAGUGUGCGCAACAUUUCAAGGGGAAGUUUCACUGGCUUGGUGGCCGGUUUGUUCCAAAGUCAUUGGAAAAAAAUUAUCAGUUAAAUCUGCCAGAAUAUCCCGGAACAGACUGUGUUGUCAAACUUUAACAUUGUGGAUGAUUCUUGCGUUUUCGAAAGGUUUAAUGGUAAAAGCAUGGCAAAUCAUACACUACGCCUUGGUAAAGCAGUAUCUUUGCGGCUUUUGUUGCGCAUCUAACAAGUACGAUAAGUUAUUGUAAUAGCGCUGGACUUCGAUGUUUUUUUUCGGGUUCCAGUUUUUUGUUUGCCGACUUUUUUCGACUACCUGAAUGCUUCAAUAAAUAUUUGAAUUUAGGACGACGAAAGUUGUUAUUCUGCAGUAGCAAAUAAAAUUAACGUUAUGUGGAAA